AUGCUGGUUACCUAUUUGGAAGCCAGCCAGGACCUUUGCGAGACGGACUCAAUUCUUUUUGGCGCCGCACUGGCAGUCUGCCGUAUUAUAGGCGCCAAACUUUCCACGGCUGGACGCGCUACUGGACAAAGUAGUGCUAUCCCAGCCUGGAGAAUAAGAAUUGAAGAACGUAUCGCAAAGGCUAGGGUCCUCAUCGGCAGACUGAUAUGCUUCAGGUCAGGCAAUACCAGGCCAAGGAUUGUGCGCACCGUCAGGAUGGCGUUUGCUGGGACAAAUGUUAGUUUGUCCCAGCCGGAUAUAAUGCAAAAACUGACGGAGCACAUAGACGACCUGAAGCAAAGAAUCGCUGCUUGGGGAAAGCGGAUUCAGCGAUAUACCGAGAGGUCGACACGGUUCAACCAGAAUCGUCUCUUCCAGAGUGAUCAGAAGAGGCUCUAUAAAUCAUUGGAGCGACCAAUAGUAAGUGGAACGGGCCCAGCACCAAAUCAGGCCGACACGGUCGCAUUCUGGCGCAGCCUGUGGUCAGAGCCCGUAAACCGCAACGAGAGCCCUUGGACGGAAGUUGCGGCGAGGCAGUGUACGGGUAUUACCCCCAUGGACCCCGUCAUCAUAACGCCGGAUGACGUAGCUGAGGCGGUCCGUAGGGCCCCGAACUGGAAAAGUCCGGGGCUUGACGGGCUGCAUCACUACCGGCUGAAGGGGUUCAUGGUGUGUCACGCUGUGCUCGCCCGACAGUUUCAAGAGGCUCUCAACCAGAAGUCGCUCCCAAGCCUCUUCACUACUGGGAUCACUCAUUUGGUUCCUAAAAAUUAG